CAACGGACGGUCUCCGUCAUCUUCCUCGCUCUGUUCGUCGCGGCUGUUAGGGUUUUAUUAGGGUUAGGGAGGUCUGGUGGUUUCUGAUUUCUGAUUCCAAAUCAAAAAGGCAAAGUAAUAAUUUUUUUCCUCAAAGGGAAUCGAUUCUCCUCCGCUCGGAGUAUAAAUACAGUGGGAAAGGAUUGUAUCGUUCGAUCACGACGAUCGAGAAAUUUUCUCGCACUGUCGCCGCGUGAUUCUCUCUCCGUCCCUCUCUCUCUCUCUAUCUGGGCUUCAUUGCCCUGUGGCCGUACAAAUCCAUGAUCGUCUGCGCUGCUGCUCCAUGGACCCUUCUCCAGCUCACACUACCCCAGACCAUGAAGAGGAUGAGUGGGACAAUGAUGGGUUCGUGAUUCCGAGUUUGGAAAUAGGCGAGACGGUUCCGGAGGAACGCGAUGAUCCCCAUUUAGAAACCUCGACAGCCACUUCUCCAAAGGCAAAGAAAGAAGAGAACAUAUACCUGGGACCCCAUGGGGCGCCUCCUUCACAGUCAAAGCAGCAAGUUGCGAACUCAUCAAAUAACCGAAAGCAGCGGUUCAAGCAGAAACUGAAGGAAGCAGAUGGGAGGAUCAAAGGGUCGAGGCGAGAGAACAAGGUGGAGAGUCUGAGAGAGCUUGUGGGAAGUGGACCGAGAUUGAAUCCUAACAUGUCGAAGGGCUCUUCCCGGGACUGGCUCGACUCGCAUUGUCAGGAAUCUCAGUUUGAGAAGAAGUGGCAUCCUCAGUGAGGCAUUGCUCAUAUCAUUAUGAUCCUUGAUAUCUUAUGAAAUCUUUUAUCGAGGGAGUCGACUGUGCAGGCGAAUCUCAUCGUAUACAUUGAGCUCUGUAUUUGGUUAUUUGGGGUCCUUUCGGGAUUUAGACCUUCAUAAACGACAUACUAAGCUAUGUUAGCUCCGUUCGUUGGGGCUGGAAAUUUCCCAUUUACUGGUGUAUUUCCUCUUAAAUACACGAAUCUACUCAGUUUCGGUGAUCUGUUCACACAA